AGGUGAGGCGCCCUUGGGCUGCAACUGCUGCCGCUUCUCUAAGGAGGAAGCCCUCUCGAUCACUCUGGCUGACGAGGGGAAUCCAGCACAAACCUAAGACUCCCAAAGGGGGUUUUUCCAGCUCGUAGCGUGUUUCACUUUUGGUAUUUCGCGGAUCACCUAACUCCACUCCAGCAGACCUUAGACGCACCUUCGCGGUGUUUUAUCCGAUCGUUGAUUCGGUUUUUAAGAAAACCAUGGCUUCCGACGAACUGGCAUCCAAACUUUCCCGGCGCCUGAACAUCGAGGACGGCGUGGAGCACCCGGUGGCCUUGGACUGUGACCAUGAGGACGGAGGCGAUGCGAAGCCCACCACGGCGAACGCCGACUCAGAACUGGGGGCCAAACUGCUCCGGCGCGGGGAGCUGAACGAAGGGAUCGGGGAGCACCAGCAACCCAGCAGCAAGGUGUUCAACCCUUACACCGAGUUCAAGGAGUUCUCCAGGAAACAGAUCAAAGACAUGGAGAAAAUGUUCAAGCAGUAUGAUGCGGGGAAGGAUGGCUUCAUUGACCUCAUGGAGCUGAAGCUGAUGAUGGAGAAGCUGGGGGCACCACAGACCCACCUGGGCCUCAAGAACAUGAUCAAGGAAGUAGAUGAGGACCUGGAUAACAAGCUCAACUUCAAGGAGUUCCUGUUAAUCUUCCGGAAAGCCGCAGCAGGAGAGCUUCCGGAGGACAGCGGGCUGCACGCCUUGGCCCGGCUGUCGGAGAUCGACGUGUCCACGGAGGGAGUGAAGGGAGCCAAGACCUUCUUCGAGGCCAAAGUUAAGGCCAUCAACGAGUCCAGCAAGUUUGAGGCCGAGAUCCGGCAAGAACAGGAGGAGAAGAAGAAGCAGGCAGAGGACAAGAAGCAGAGGCAGGCUGCUUUCAAGGAGCUCAAGUCGGCCUUCAAAUGAGGGGCCAGCCUCUCCUCCAUCGCUCGGCCUCCCCCAUGCGCCCCCCACACCUGAUUCUCUGGGGCGCUGCUGUGACCCAACAUCCACAGUCCCAAAGUAUUUCCCUAUGAAUAAAAACAAACUGCUUUGUCGUCCCCCUGCUAGCAUGGCCUCUGCAUGCCCCCUGGUGGUGGUGGUGGUAAUCACUUUGUUUCCCCACUUCUGUUUGUGUUCCGUAACCAAAUCUCAGCUCCCGCAGCUGCUUCAGCUGGCAUCAGUCAGACUAUUUACAUAUCAGGAUGUGCUCCAGGGAAGCCCAGCGUAUCUGGCAGCUUGUGGGACGGGCGUGGCCGUAGCCGCACAGACCUCCACAAUGUUCCCCGGGGAGUAUUGGCACGUGUUGUUCGUAAAAAUAUACUGUUGACUUGUUUACAAUAUGUAAAUCACCUAUGCAAAUGCCCUGAAGCUGUGUUGUGCCCAGUUCUGUCUCUGUUCCUCUGCCUGCUAAGUUUGUUUUUGUUGGUUCUUGGUCUGAUGCUGGUGUUAUAACCUCCUGUGUUUAUCCACACCGGCGUCAUUUUCCAGCCUGAUUGAUCUCUGCUUCCUGUGCAGUAUUGUCACCGACCGCCUGUCGCUUGUUAAUGGGCCACAUUUCAGCAUGUGCAAGAGCAGUUUCUCAGCUCUGAGCUUUGGGUUGGGGACUGCAAAAGUGGUGGGGGGGCACUUUUCCUCCCUCGCAGGGGGCAUAUUGUCAGAUCCUACUCCUACUUUGACUGUAACCUUUCUACAGUAUUUUCUCAUUUAUCUUAUUUAGCAUCAGGCAUGUUCUUAACUGCUCAACAUCGAAGUGGAUGUAAGAUACUUCUGUAGUUGCCUACAGAAGUGCUGGUUACUGAUUGUUUCUUUGUGUGAGGGCAUUUCCUUUGACAAUUAUCUUCGUUAUAUAGCUUGUUAUUUAGCACGUCACUGUCGGCAUCGAAAACUUUGGUGUUUUUAUUUUGCUGGGUUUAAGCAAAGCAGUCGCUUUUAAAAUACAAUAACAGACUUCAACUUGAGCCUUAAACACUGAGGAUUCCUAUUGAGCCAUCGGGUCAACGAAAUGAUAUCAAGCAAGUAAUGGGCCAUUGACAGAAGGGAGUGAAAAAUAACAUGAAUUGUAACACCUGUCUGUCAGGCUUUGAUUAAAUAAAACUAUUUUUUCACCAGAAUGAAAAAAAUAAAUAGUUUUUUUAGAGUGUCUGCUUCUGUAUGUCCUGUUUUUUUCUUGCAUGUCUUUCUGCAUGUACCUGUGAAUGUCCUAAGUGACAUUAUUAUGUAAUACUGCUGAAUAUGACAGAGUGACUCCCAUCCUAUCUAGUGGAGAUGUGAAGUUUAAUGUCAUGGUCAGACUUGGAAACGAGCUGCAUAACCUUACAUGCCAUACAGUGGAGUUGGAGCCAGUAUGGUGGUAGGGAAAGUGUCUGUGUUAUUUCUAAUUGAGAAUACACCUAUGCCAUGUCACAGAGGACAUUAAACAAUACAUUGAGCUAAUGUUUCUGGGUUUAAAUGUUCUGAUGGCUGGUCACCAGGGCAAACCAAUGCCUCCCUUAUUGUAAUAAUUGUGAUUCUAGUUAAUUGUUAAUGUGUGUUCGUUGCUACACUGGAAAACUGUGCCAAAUGUAAGGGGGAGUACGUGUGUCUCUGGAUUAAGAGGAACUGAAUGGGGAAAUUCAUAGACGCAAACAUGGGGUAAAAAUAAGUAGGGAGUCUUUAGUUUUGGGGGCUUACACUGCAUGUAUAAACUCUUCAUUUCUUGACUUCUCAUCUUACCCUCCGUGAAGAUGUAGUCAAAGUGAACUGCACACGUAAUACUUGUGAUACAAUACUGUACGUGUCAAAUAUUGAAAUUUGCCAGGAUUUGAGGGCUGCUAAUCUCAAGGGAUGCCCUCUCUGGUGACUCAAUGAUAACUAAAGAACCUUCACACCGCCGAUUUUGAUUUUUAAAAAGUCCGUUUAGCUUGGUUUCAUAAAAUUAAUUGGAUGUCAUUGUGUGUUUCCUUUUCAACGUGUAGCCGAAUUUCUCACAAUUCUCGCCGUUGUAUGUUGUGUACGAUGGGUCAUGCAUAGUUCUGUGCGCUUUUGUAUUUUAAUACGAAUAAACGACCCUAUAUGUUUUUAAAAUUUCUAACACAAAGCUCGAUUAUUCUUGUGGCAAUAAAUAAAAUACAUACAAUAACC